CGCCUGCGCCGUGCGCGGUGACCCUGAGCGGCGGCGGGGCAACAUGGCGGCGGCGGCGGCCCUGAAGGUGCGGCAGCUGAGCACGACGGCGGCGAGGCCGGUGUCCAAACUGGUGAAGCCGCCCAUCCAGGUGUACGGGCUGGAAGGGCGCUAUGCCACCGCCCUGUACUCUGCAGCCAGCAAGCAGAAGAAGCUGGAGCAGGUGGAGAAGGAGCUGAGCCGGGUGUGGACCCUGCUGAAGGACCCCAAGCUGUCCAGUGUGGUGAUGAACCCUCACACCAAGGGCACAGUGAAACAAAAAGCCGUGAGCGACGCCUUGGCGAGAGAGAAGAUGUCCCCCAUCACUGUCAACCUGAUGAACCUGCUGGCUGAGAACGGCCGCCUGCGCCACACCCCGGGCAUCGUGUCCGCCUUCGCCAAGAUCAUGAGCGCGGUGCGAGGAGAGGUGGUGUGCACGGUCACCACGGCACAGCCCUUGGAUGAGGCCAACCUGACUGAACUAAAAAGUGCUCUGAAUGGGUUCCUGGCUAAGGGAGAGGUUUUGAAGCUGGAGACCAAGACUGACCCUUCGAUCCUCGGCGGGAUGAUUGUCAACAUUGGGGAGAAGUACGUGGACAUGUCAACAAGGUCCAAGAUCCAGAAACUCACCAAGAUCAUGAGAGAGACUGUCUAGAGAACUGUCCUGGUCUAUUCCCAAGGAAACCUGGCUGAUGGAAACAAUAAAAUUCCUCCUUCUCGAGUA